AUGAGUUUGAAAAGAACAUCUGAAGCAUUCAAAGCGGCAUCAGACCAUUGGGCAAAGAAACAAAAGAAAGAUAAUUCGGUGAUAGAAAUAAACUCAUCUGACUCGGAAGAUCAUCAACCUUUACCUACUAUACCUGGAAAAAUUGUUCCAUCUCCUAUUAAAUUGCUUUACAACCCAAGUUAUCCGGAGAAUGAAUUGAAGCAUGUUAAUCAGGAAACAGUUAGAAUACAAGAUCUAAUCGGCUCAAAGUCCUUAGUCGAAACAUUCCAAUUUAAUUUCAAUGUGGAUUUACCCUUCUUUUUAACAUUUUUGGAUUCCAGCUUCACAAAUAAAAAGAAAAAGAUUGUAUUCAUAACAGGUAGCAGAUUGUUAGAUCCUGAAUUUGAUGAAACAGAAUUUAUAAAGCUGAAAUUCAAUAUUCUGGAGGUCGUAGCGAAUAUUCCAAAUAGAUUUGGCACGCAUCAUUCCAAAAUGAUGAUUAACUUUUUUGAAAAUGAUACGGUUGAAAUUGUAAUCAUGUCGGCAAACAUAACAAGAUUAGAUUUUGGUGGAUUAACUCAAAUGGUAUGGAGAUCAGGUAGAUUGAAGAAAGGUUCCACCCAAGGUACAAAAAGCUCAAGGUUUAAAUUAGAUUUAUUAAGUUACUUGAAAAAAUAUAAUAAAUCAAGAAUUGACGAGUUAUCAAGUCGACUUGAUGAAUAUGAUUUCCUGGGUAUAAAUGUCGAUUUAAUAGCAUCAGCACCUGGCUCCUAUGACUUGAAUGAUUCUGGCCGGCAUUAUGGAUAUGGGAGCUUAUAUGAUGUACUAAAACGCAACAAUUUAUUGAUCCAAAAUUCAGACAAAGAAAAACAUUAUAAUGUGUUAGCGCAAGUUUCCGCCAUAUCAUAUCCUUUUUCAACAGAGAAAUGGGCCACAGCUGGUAUAUUCACUCAUUUGUUAUGCCCAUUAAUUUUUUCAAAAUUUCAAGAAUUCAAAUUGCUUCAACCUGGGAAGGAUAGUAUCAAAACGCAUCAACAUGAAAAUAAUUACACCCCAAGUAUAGUAUUUCCUACAGUAGAUGAGGUUGCGCAAAGUAAUGUUGGAUUCAUGGCAGGUCAAGCAAUACAUUUCAAUUAUACAAAAUCUUUUGUUCAUAAAAACUAUUUCAAUCAAGCUAUACGACCUUACUUACGAAAAUGGAACUCAAGUGGAACAUCAAUAAUUACUGGAAGGGAGAAAGUUGUACCUCAUGUUAAAUUAUAUAUGUGUGAUAAUGGUGAUGAUUGGAAAACUUUGAAGUGGUGCUAUAUGGGAAGUCAUAAUUUAUCUAAACAAGCUUGGGGUAGCAAGAAAGGAAAUGCAUUUAAAAAUGAUGAUCCAAGUCAAUAUGAGGUUAGCAGUUACGAAUUAGGUGUUUUAGUAACUCCAGAAGAAGGCACAUUAUUGAGGCCAUCCUAUCUAAAGGAUGAGAAUGUUGAGGAACAAAAUAGUACAUUUAUUCGUAUGCCCUUCAAAUUACCUGCAAAGACUUAUUCUGAUAAAGAUCUACCAUGGAGUGGUCAUGUUAAUUAUGGAGAGAAAACCGAUACUACUGGAAGAACUUACAACAUAUGA